CCAGGUGCUGCAAAUCACCCAGAAGUGAGAGGACACCCGAGAAGGAAAGCCGGAAGAGAGACUAAUCCGUGCACCAGACACUAUUGGGCACUUUCAUGAACGGUGACAUUUGAAUUGAGCUUUUAAAGAAGAGAGAAUUUCAAAAGAACUGCCUUCCUUUUACUUCCACCCAACCAUUGCUCCUAAUUCUGCUGAGAGCGCCGCACAGAACAUGUCUGUGGAUGGUGGCUGAGUCACAGGCCUGGGCUCAUCUCCUUCCUCUCCCACUAGAAAUGGCCUCCACCUUCAACCCCCGAGAAUGUAAGCUAACCAAACAGGAAGGGAAAAGCUAUGGCUUCUUCCUGCGAAUUGAGAAGGACACUGAUGGCCACCUGGUCCGGGUGAUUGAGAAGGGUAGCCCAGCAGAGAAGGCGGGUCUCCAGGAUGGAGACAGAGUUCUUAGGAUUAAUGGUGUCUUCGUGGAUAAGGAAGAGCAUAUGCAGGUUGUGGAUCUGGUCAGAAAGAGUGGGAAUUCAGUGACUUUACUAGUUCUGGAUGGGGAUUCCUACGAGAAAGCCGUGAAAAAGCAAGUAGACUUGAAAGCGCUGGGUCAAAGUCAGGAGUCGAGUUUGAACGAUAAGAAGCCGCCCUCUGUGAUGAACGGAGGAGCACAGAUGUGGACGCAGCCACGGCUCUGCUACCUAGUGAAGGAGGGGGGUAGCUAUGGCUUCUCUCUGAAAACUGUUCAAGGUAAAACUGGAGUGUACAUGACUGAUAUAAAACCUCAAGGUGUGGCUAUGAAAGCUGGAGUGCUGGUUGAUGACCACUUGAUUGAAGUGAAUGGAGAGAAUGUAGAGGAUGCCAGCCACGAGGAGGUGGUUGAAAAGGUGAAGAAGUCUGGAAGCCGCAUCACAUUCCUGCUUGUGGACAAGGAAACUGACAAGCACCAUAGCGAGCAGAAGAUAAAAGUCAAGAGAGAAACAGCCAGUCUGAAACUGCUACCCUGCCAGCCCCGUGUUGUAGAGAUGAAGAAGGGAAGCAAUGGCUACGGUUUCUACCUGAGGGAAAGCCCAGAACAGAAAGGUCAAAUCAUCAAGGACAUAGAUUCCAAAAGUCCAGCAGAAAAGGCUGGCUUGAAGAACAAUGACCUGGUGGUUGCUGUCAAUGGCAAGUCUGUGGAGUCCCUUGAUCAUGACACUGUGGUGGAAAUGAUUAGAAAGGGUGGAGAUCAGACCUCUCUGCUGGUGGUAGACAAAGAGACAGACAACAUAUAUAAACUGGCUGGCUUUUCUCCGUUCUUCUACUAUCAAAGCCAAGAGCUGCCUAAUGGUUCUGUCAAGGAGGCUCCAGCUCCUACUCCUGCUCCUCUGGAGGUCUCAAGCCCGGAAGCUACCGAGGAAGUAGGAGACCAUAAGCCUAAACUCUGCAGGCUGGCUAGAGGUGAAGAUGGCUAUGGCUUUCACUUAAAUGCGGUUCGGGGUCAGCCAGGCUCAUUCGUCAAAGAGGUGCAGAAGGGCGGCCCUGCUGACCUGGCGGGGCUGGAGGACGAGGACGUCAUCAUUGAGGUGAAUGGAGUGAACAUGCUGGAUGAGCCCUAUGAGAAGGUGGUGGACAGAAUCCAGAGCAGUGGCAAGACUGUCACACUGUUAGUCUGUGGAAAGAAGGCCUAUGAUUAUUUUCAGGCUGAGAAAAUCCCUAUCGUUUCCUCCAUGGCUGAUCCACUGGAUGACGACCCUGAUCCUGAUGAAGGCAGGCUGGAAGAAUCAGAGCAAGACUCACAUACGGCAGAACGAGAACGAGCCCACAGUACAGCCUCUCAUUCUUCUUCCAAUUCUGAAGACACAGAGAUGUGAUGAGAGCCAGCACUGGCUUUGGCUGACAGCUGUUUCUGGGUAUUUAAUAGGAAUCCUUUCCCAAGGAAUGAGCUGACAUCCGUUUACUGUCUUUGUUUGAGAAGAACUCCUUGGAAACCAGUUCAUCACAUGUGAUUGUCUUCUGCUGUCACCGGUCUCAGGGGUGGCUACUGCAAAGAGCUUAUUUAUGGCCAACUUAGGAAAAGUUAAUAUACGAGCCAGAUGCUUUUCAUGCGAUCUCUUCCAACCUUCAACUUAACUACUCUUCUCUGUUUGAUCUUAUUUCUUCUAUAGGUUCCCAGAGCACCAAAGAUGAUUCAUAAAUCUGUAUAUGUGAGAACUGCUAAUUAACGUAUCUGAGCAGAUAAGCCUAUUAAAACUAUGCUUUUGUAAGAAUGUUGUUGCUGAAAUAAAUGCCAUUAAAAAUGC